AUGAAUCCGCCUUUACCAUUUUUUCUGCGCGCAGGCAGGGUUGUUGAUUGUUCUACAUCAACAAACGCAAACGAUCAUGGGUUCCAUUUCGACCUGUUGUCUUUUAUUUCGAUUGCUCAGGACUUUGGAGUGGACUUUAUCAGUUUGACAUGGCAACCUGCUCUAGAAGCUCUUGGAAGAGGAGCGACUUCAACUAUUCAGCAGACACAAAUCGACGCAAAGUUCAAUUUAGCGUUCAAGCUCUCUAUGGCUUGGCCGGAAGAGCAAGUUGCUGAUACUGCGCAACAAGGAUUUGCACGAUACAAGGCAUUAAUAUACGAGCUCAUAGCUUUGGAAAUGUUGGCAGACCAUCCGAAUGUGAUUGAUCUGGUAGGAAUCACAUGGGAGACUGGUGGAGACACCCACGAAGUGUGGCCUGUAUUGCUCACUGAAAGAUCCACAGAAGGAUUGAUGGAUGAGUUCUUAAAUUCAAGCACUGGGAUCGAGUUAAAUUGUCAAAGUAAGCUAGAGCUCUGCAGAGAUGUUGCACAGGCAGGACAAGCUCUACAUAGUCUCGGAAUCGUUCAUGGCGACAUAAAACUAGAAAACAUUCUAAUUUUCAAAAGCGAGGAAAGAUGGACAGGAAAGCUGAUCGACUUUGGAUUCAGCUGCUUAGGCACAUCGGAUAACGAUAUGGUUCAGGUUGCAUGUACAAGACCCUGGCAGGCUCCUGAACAUCAUCGAGAAACAUACUUCAAGCUUGAAGAGGCUCGUCGAAUGGAUGUUUACUCUUUUGGCAUGCUGUUAUGUCGUAUGUUUCUCUCCAGUGAGCUGACGAAAUACUUCAAAAUAUUUGGACACUUGUUCGAUGCUGAAAAUCGUUACCUGUACCUGGAAGAAAUUGAGUCACUCAAACAAUCCUUUUCUUUUCUGGAUAUGGUCCUAGAAGCUCUGAAUAAAUCUUCUGAUUUGGACAACUCUGUCAAAGAGACAUUGAGAGAGAUCUUCUUGAAAACGUUGCAGCACAAACCUGAGCUUAGGGCCCCAAACUUUGAUUACAUUGUUGCAAUUCUUUCCACAUCCGAUGCAAUACCUUUUUCUCCUUACAAACCUACGAAGGCUCUUGACAGAUUAGCACAUACCGUUCUUGAUAUUGGAAAGUCCCUUGCAGAUCUUGACGACAGCGACUAUUUGCUUCGCAAAGCUAUUGUCACAGCUCUUGAGAAACGUAUGACCAAAAAAAAUAACUGCCUUUGCAAACUGCCCGCAGCUUAUCAAUUGUGGCUUUGCUACGAAAUUGGGUUUGGCACAAAAAGAGACACGGCUAAAGCGGCAGAAUGGCUUGUCACGUCACAGUCUCUUCACCCUGAUCCUAAAACAAUACUCGAAGAAAUAGAUCAGGCAUACGAAGCUUCCAAUGCUGAGAGAUUGAGUAGAAAACUAGGCUACGCAACAAAUCUUCCUUUUGAUCCUGUCAAGCUUUAUGAGAUCCAAAACCGAAUGGAAAUGGCAGAGAUCUCAUUUCGUCAAGAAACUCAAGGGCGCAAAGAAUCCUUUGAGAUUAGUAGCAAAUCAUACAUCACUCAACUCUCAAAUCUGUCCCUGCUUCUCUGCAGAAAGGGAGAUUUCAAAGAAGCCGAGAAAGCAUCUCGUGAUGCCGUGAAUUCGUCAAAAGCGGCGUACGGUGCCCUAAACGACAUCACAAUAAGUGCACAAAACUAUCUUGCAUGGAUCUUCUCCCGGACAGAAAACUGGUCGGAAAUGGUGGAACUUCAGCUUGAAUUAAUUCCGCUUAAAUCGGAGCACAAGGACAUUGGCCCUUUGGAUGCCACUACGCUCAACAGCCAAAAUCAUUUAAUUGCGGCGUAUUUUUUCUUGGGAGAGUAUGAUGAAAGCAUCAGUCUGGCCACGAAUCUAUUAGAGACUCGAAAAUCCCAUCUUGGAAAGGAACAUCCGGAGACGCUCGUGACUUUUACUUGGCUUUGUCGCUCAUUGCUCGAACAUGGUAGCUUUGAUGGCCUUGAAGCUCAAUUCAAAGACUUGGUGGCUGCUAGUAGAAGAGCUUGUGGAGACGAUGACGAUGCUACGCUAGAGAGAGAAGAAUUACAUGCUGCUGUCUUACUUGGUGAGGGCUACCUCACUAGGGGCAUGUUGAACGAAGACAAGCUAGAUGAUGCGUUAUGUCUCAUAGAAGAUGUGCUGAAUAGGUACGACGACGACGUUCCAAAUGCACAUUUAAAUCUUCUCGUAAAAGCACACACGACACUGAUCUGUGCUCUGGCUCUAGAAGAACGAUUUGAAGAAGCCCAGACCGAAAUCGCAGAGUCUGAAAAUGUGGCGAGAAAACUCCAGGCAAAGACGAACGAGAACUAUAUUGAAAUACGACGGUUCGGAAGAGUUGUUUAUGAUGUUAAUAUUUUGCAAGAAUUGAGUAGAGAUAUGCAAGAACACAAGGAAGAGAUUCACCAAGUUCGCCUAAGGAUCGCUCAUAGAUGGAAGCUAUAA